AAUAUUUUAGGAUUAAAAGGAAGUUUGGGUGGAUUUUAUGGGACAUUCAUUCUCCGAAUACUUUUCCAACCUUGAGUAAUCCUUGUUCCUUUCGAAUCUUCGCUUCCUCAAGGCAGCCAUUUCUCGUUCCUGGUUGGUUUCCCUUUAGCUGCUUUCUUUUAUUAUGAAAUUUUCCUUUCCCCCCUUCAAUGGCGAACUGGAGGCACGGAGUCCGGAAUCACUGCUGGGGCCUUGGUUUGGAACGACUGUACAUCAACAACCCUCACCUCAGUGGGCCACUCGAUCACUUCGGGAUCGGAGUAUUUGCGUUAUUUUUUUCUGGAUUGGAGCUUCGGAUUCUUACUUCUCAAUGUUCGGAGGGUUGGACCGUAGUCAUUGUCAUUGCUUGUUGCUCAGCUCUUGUUACUUUUGUACAGCCCAAGCUACGAGUAUUUCAUGACUUUGUUCAUAGCAGUAAUACACGAGAAAUGCAUACUGAGUACUACCGGUGAAUCCUGACAUUCAAGCCAUCGAUCUACCUCUAACUUGCGUGACCAUACCCAGACAAACUCAUGUGCUACACAAAUGCAUCCAGAGAAGAAAAACGAGACUGAAGCUA